AUGUUUCCAAUAAUUAGCUCCCUUGCGACAGCAAAGCUAUCUCACACUGCGGUGUAUUUUUUUAGACGGAAACCAGGAGAUUUAGCUUGACAAUGCGCUUCCAACUGGCUUAUCAAGUUCGAUUCAAGGAAUUAGUCAAUGUUUUAGUCUGGCUCGACAUGGACCAGUUACACGAUUGCAUCCCCUACCUAGAUAAGGUAGUUCUGGAUUGGAAAUGUUUCCAAAAAUGUAAUGUUCCCAGCUAGCUGGUAGAAGGCUGUCUUCUUGUAUGAUAAAUUCAAACCCAGGAAUGACGGAACACCACCAAAGGUCAUUCUAUAGACAACAAGGAACCUACAUGAGAAGCAAAAUAAGGAAUCUUGAUAAAAUGUCUUAUCAAUAAAGCAGAAUUACGAAAGAGCAAUGGAAGCGUAAUCUCAAUUCUAUUUCCUAUUUGAGAUAUCAAUGAACUGUGCCUGAUCUUGAUGAACAGUAUGCUCUUCAUUUUUCAGUGAUCUCUGCUUUAUCUCCAUAAGGUUUUCCCCGUAGGGACGUGCCUGUACAUUUGUAGGCCACUUCCAGAGGAUAAAUUUAGUAUCAAAUCUGAUUUUAGAGAGGAACAGAUUUGAAAAUUAGGAUGCCAUUUUAAUGCAUAAAAAGGGUGAACUUGACGGCUUUCAAAUAGUUAUGUUUAGCAUAGUCUACGGAUAUGCACGAAAGUACUUGAUUUAUCAAAUGUCACGAGAAAAGUGAAAGUCACUAUAUAAAAGAAUGAGGAUGAUUUCACAACGAGGAGUAUCAUUUUCUUAAACCUGCUAAAGAUCAAGUGGGCGGACACAAAUGUACUCAUUGACCAUAAAUCAUGUGCAUAGGAUUAUAGGAACUGGACUUUUUACUUUUUUAAGUUAGCGUAGUGUUUCAUUGUGGAUAUUGUGAGCUCAUCACUGCAUGUAUUCCAUUGGGAAUUCAUUUAGAGAGGAUGAAUUCAUUGUCUUCUUGUCCUUGAGAUUCAUAGGUAUGGAUUUAAUGCUUGCAUCUCAUAAUGUUGUAACAUUGCUCAUUUUCUUCUUUUUCGAAUGCUGGUAUCAUUUAUUUUUAUGGUUAUUAAGAAUUUUUUGGUCGACUUUUACUUUGAUAGGUACCUUGAUGCAUGCAGGAAUCUAGAGGUUCUACCUAAUACCUCCAUUUUGUCCAGUCUCUCUAAGGUAACUUUCCAUCUGUUUUACUCCCAUUCAAACAUUCCGAGCACUAGCGUAUGAUUUAGUGAUCCCUUGUCGAUUUGAUUGCUAGAACGUGUAAAACAUGCCAUGGCAUACGCCAUUUAGGGGCACAUAACUGGCUGUACAGAAUUUACCAAUAUCCAAAUCAUACAAGGAUGAACAGUCGGGAUAAAUAUCUUCUUCUUCUCAAAUCAUAGAACUAUAGCUAGUUAUAUACAAUUACCCAGGCCAACAAAAAUGGAAACUACCUGGGUUAAGGAAACUGACCUACAUAAACUAUUUCUUAAUUACACGUUUUUCCCUUAUAAACCUCUUUUCUUUCAAUCUGUUAACUGGAUUUGUGUAAAAUUUUUGAAAGCUUGUAUCACUCCAGGCGAAGUAUUUGAUGCAUUUCUUAAUAGAACUAUUUUCUCCUUUAUUAGGACUGGUGUGUAUGGAACAUAAGGUUCAAGAACGAAUUCUCCUCAUUUGGAGAGUUGAAAAAGAGUUGCCAAGUGGAUUCUAAAAUGCUUGAAAAUUAUCUGUGAGGAAUCUUUCCUCGGCUCUCCCUAUUCCAAUUUGGCAUCACUACUGAUUUCCAUGGGAAUUUAGGUAUCAGACCAGCUUUAACUAUCUUACAACCUAUUUACACCUAGUAGUUUCAUAGAGAUCGAAGGGGUUUGCAAUUAAGUGGGUUUUGCAAUUGUUGAUCGAAGGGCUGACAGCAAAACUAGACACCUUUAUUUGUGACCAAAGAAAAACUGUUGCUCUUUUAGAUGAUGUCAGACCUGUUGAAGACUGGACUGAGCUCCGAGCUCAUAUUGUAGAAUUUUAUGAGGGCAGAAAGUACCUUAACUAAUAUUGAGGAUGGGAUUUUCUUGAUAGAAGCUCUGACUCUCCCCUAAAAAGAGAAAUAUACUGCUCACCGCAACUGCUGUUGGCGGGACAGACUCAGUUCUAGCGGAAGAGUAGCUAGUUUGCUUGGGCUAACAGCCGAUCAUUUCAUAUAUUUGUUAUCAUUUGAGCAGAGUUGCCGGUAUUAUUUCAUGUUUUUUCCAUUUUUCUUAGCUUCAUGAUUAUUUUAUCAUUAGAUGGAAGUUAUGGACCUCUGGAACCAUGCUGUUUUCUGAGACACUAACGAAAAAGUAUCUUGGAUACCUGUCUUUGCCGAGAGGAAUUUGAAACAAAUCUAAAAUGUAAAAAUGACACUAAAGGAAUUUUUAUUUUAAAAUUUUAUUAAAUGCUAAGAGUUUGCUUGAAAAUUAUUGCAUGGAAAAAGAACGUUUCAAGGGCAACUAGAAAACUUGAGCAGAUGAACAAUGUUUCAGUGGUUUCGUUAUGUUUUGUUGCAUCUGUAAAUGAUUGAGCUAUAUGAAGAUGGUAAAAAUCGUUUUGGCAUUAUUGCGACUUGUGGGUUCGAAGAUAUCCGUGAUAUAUAAAGAUCCACAAGCAUGGUAUCAUCUGCUAUUCCUGUAUCGAAGGCUCACUGCGGUGGUUCCCCACGGUGGCUCAAUUUGCUCAGUUAAUCACAUGUAUUUUUAUAUCCUUGUCUACUUUCUGAAGGUUUUUAUACUUUUUAAUAUUUUUGUUAUUUAAUUUAAUCAGUCAAUAUGUUCAUUUUCCAAGAAGUGAUGCUGUAAAAUACACGUGCUAUAGGCUUUCCAAGUCCAUAAAUCUAGAAUUCACUUUCCAAAUCUAGAAAGGCUUUUUUUAUCCUGUAAUUAGUCACACGGCCAUUUUUUUUUUCAUCAUCUGAAAUGCAUUUCCGUAAGACCGAUCAUUUAUAUUUUGAUUUUCUGAUAAUCAGGCUGAGCUAAAAAAAUCACGUCUCGAAGUUUGUAACCUUGAGAUCACUCUUGAUCUACUGGUACAUUAUGAUCUCCCCCCGCUUAUUGAAGCACUUUCACAAACAAAAUUGUCUGGGAUUGAUGCUGUCGAUGUAUGUCAAGAAUCAUGCGGUGCAUUGCCUAACGGAGAAGAAGUACGUGCGUUAAUUGAUGCAGUCAACAAGAAGCUCCGGUUUGCUAAUCUCAGUGCAUUCAACAAAGACGUCUUACGGUAAAUGGAUGUUCUUAUACCGUGUCAAGUUAUUAAAAAUCUUUCACCUGUUAUAGCUGUUAGAAGUUUUUGUCUGAAAUUUUUAUAAUUCAUCUGUUUAGCAAUAAUAUCGAACUUUUGUUACGUAGCAUUGAGAAUCUUACUAGGUAGUGGACUGUUAUUUCCGUGUCAAGCUUCCUCCUCGGAUAGUUUAAUGCCAUGCAAUUUUUCCAGGAAGAUAGAUGGUUUUCUUAGAAUAUAUGGAGAGAACCUGAGUGCAUGCGUUUCUAGUCUUGAUCUUUAUCUUGACUCUGAUUUCGUAUUCAAUCUUUCUCAUUAAGUUUUUGAGAAUGCGUUUCAGGUAUGGCCUGGAAAAUGGGCAUUCUAGUUUUUUAUCUAACUCCUGGAUGCACGAACAUGGCAUAUAAUAUGUUAGAGCUCGUGUUUCUCUAAAUUGUUGUGAGUUUAGAGUCCUUAACAGUCCAGAUCGCUAGAUUCUGGAGAUCUGCUCGUCAGAUCCCACCUCCAGACCAUUCCAGCUAGUGCCCUCUGUUUACUAAGUACUCCAGCAACGGGUGUUUAUCAUGUGAGACCAUUUCAUGUGAAAGGAUAGUAUCAUUUCCAUAGUAUCAUUUCCCUAGUAAGUAACGCUGUAGCUUUGACAUGCAUGUGUACGAUGACGGGAAGGAGAGGACUUGCAGGAUUUAUCUGACCACUUGGCUGGGUUCCUUGUCCCAAAAGAGAUGUUUAACAUUUUCAUGAAAUAAAGAUUAAGUCAAUUGUAGUUACCAUUUAAUGUUAUCUAACGUGUUUUUUUAGUUCUAUUGAACGUGAUUAUGUGGAGUUUUAUCUGGCAUAUAAGAUAUAUAGUAUAUCUUAAGCAUACUUCUAAUAGACUUAAAAAGAAAUUGACCUACGGGAUAGCUUCAUUCAUUGUUUCACAUAACAUAGGUAAUGAAGUUCUGAGGAAUAGAUUACCUUUUGUCUAUAAAGUUGAACAUAUGCACAUCCAUAUAAAUGUCUCAGUAGACCCAAAGUAAUGAACUUUAUGAAUCUAUGGAGAUCCCUUCUCUGUCGCCUUCUCCCCAACUCAAUGUAGUGGGUGCUGCUUUUUAGGAAUGUGCAUCUUCAUCCUUCAUCAUUCUCAACGUCUGUUUACUUCGUGCAGUUGUCAUGGUUUGAUUCUUGCCUCCUUUCACAGUCGCAUAGACUCAUGCUAGUUAAAUGAAUGUGUACUUUAACCAAUGCUAACUUAGUAACAAUGAUAUCUUCUGCGGUAGAAUCAGUCUAUCGAAGUCGGAUAUUUUUGAUUUCAGUUUUUAGAUGAUUAUACUCGCCCUCGAUCAUUGCCCACAUCUCUCUAGAAAGCUGUAUUGACGGUAAAUAGAUGAAUUUCUAACGAAUUAUGGUACAUGUAGGCAGAAUUAUUUGAUUGACAUAGGCCAGCUAGCAGUGUAUGAUCUCUUCUGUAGCUGAUCAAUUCUUUCCAUCUAAAUUCACCGAUCUGAAGUUCCUCAAGUUCCUCAAGUUCCUGGUGAUUUUCUUUUUUAGGCUGUUUUUUUUUUUUUGAUGAAUCGUGAAUCUUUUGUCUGUCCAUAAAAAUUGGUCCUUGAAAUCAUAAACACCAUCACUUAAGCUAAACUUUUUUUUAUUAGUUUCAUAAUCUUUCCAAAAAAUUUAGUUCCUCCAUCAGAAUGCUCUAUGAAAGAUUAUUCGAUGAAUUCCCAGCUGAAUAUUAUAUUGAAAAAAAAAAGGUUCAGUUAUGUGUCUAGGAGAGGCUUGAACUGUGAGAUCCUGGAUUUGCGUUUCUCACCCAUCCGGACGCUCAGCAUGGCUGGAGAUUUUAUGCGCCUGCACACACUUAACUUGGAUUUCAGUGCUUCACUUUCUAGUAUCAAGGAGGGUUGUUUCAGCUGUAUGCCUAAUCUGAAGCGUCUCUCGAUGUGUGGAACACAAAUCGCAGAACUCUGCUUGACUAGUGCUAUUCUAUCAAAACUCCCAUCAUUGGUGGAGCUUCGCUUCCAAAUAUUCUUGUCUCACGAUGAUACCAGACUUUUUUCAACAUCUUAUUGUGUGGACGCGGAGGUUUAUGAUGGAAGAUCAGUUUCAACUUCCGAGUCCUCUCGAAGCGCAACUGAGCCAUCAGAUGAGAGUGAACUCGUUUUUUCUGGCUACAAGGAAUUUAGAACCACAUGGGUGGAAUCGUUAUCAAAUAAUCUUUCCGAGAUGUACAACCAAACCAGGCAUCUCUCGUCAUUGAGCAGUCCUCUGAGAUCAAUUCCUGCCCAGCCAUUUGAAGAGCAUAUUCCAGUGGGUUACGAGACAGCAGGAUAUGAACAGAAGUCUACGGUUUCGGAUAAUUUUGCAGAUCUUGGGUCCGCUUUUACAACCAUAAAGUUAAAUGUUGAUGAUUCCACGCGCAAAUUUUGGAACCAGUUGUCAUCGAAAGAACUGUUGAAGGGUGAAAAAGGGUAUUCAAUCCACCCCUCAGAUGCUACUCCUGAAAAGCUCAUUUCAUAUCAUCCUUCACCCAUCUGCUUUGAGAAGCAUUAUAGAGAAUUUAUGAUAUCCUCUCUGCCAAGAUUGAAUGUUUUGGAUAAUGUGCCAAUCGGUGAUUUGGGAAAGGAGAAGUCAAAGAUUACCUUUUCUCAACACUAUGAGUACCUGCCAUAUAACAGACGACACAGAGAGAGUGUUGUGAGCAUUCUGCAAAAGCGAGAAACGGGCACAACUAUCGUUUUUCAAUCUUCUCGUGGUAGUCGAACUCAUUCUUCUAGGCCAUUUGUGGAUUCCUUCUCCAGGUCGCUUUCUGCAGCCAAGUUUGGUUCAAAUCCAUGGCCACGAGCAAGUACUCUUUCAAAGGUAAAGAGGAUAAUCAAUGAUGAGAGUACGAGCUUCCGGCCUCGCCAGUUCGAAUAUCAUCCAUCUGACCCCAGCCUUAUGGUAUUUGGGACAUUGGAUGGGGAGUUGGUUGCUGUCAACCACGAAAGUGGAAAACUUGUUUCUAUUCUUCCAUCUCCUGGAGGGGCUAGCAGCAUUUUGGGGCUAUGUUGGCUCAAAAACCAUCCAUCCAAGGUAUUUAUCUAUUUUAGUGAAUUCAGUCAUUUUACGAGGCCAAUUUCUGCAGUAUUUCGAUUAUAUUUUCCUAGAGAUCUUGUUCGUGGUGUUAAGAUUCUUGACGUUUUGCUAAUUCCUUUUUUGUUUUUUUUAAUUUGUCCAAAAGCUCAUCGCUGGCUCUGACAGAGGAGCUUUGCAAUUGUACGAUGUGCACAAAAUGCGAGCAAAAUUUACUGAUCGAUGCUGCAGGAUGGACGACAGGUCUUUCCAUGAACUUGAGCAGUUGACCUCUGUUCAUGUGAAUUCUACGGAUGAAUAUUUCAUUGCAAGUGGGUACUCCAAUCAUGUAGCCCUGUAUGAUAUAAGCAGUGGGAGACGUCUGCAAAUUUUCAAAGAUUUGCACCGGGAGCAUAUAAAUGUAGUUAAGUUUGCUAAUCAUUCGCCCACAGUAUUCGCUAGCGCAUCUUUUGACCGACAAGUAAAGCUGUGGGACUUGAGGCAGGAGAUGUCGCGGCCGUGCUACACUGCUGCUAGUUCCAGGGGAAAUGUGAUGGUUUGUUUCUCUGAUGAUGAUCACUAUCUUCUAUCCUCUGCCAUCGACAACGAGGUACCUACUUUAAAACCCAUUAUCAUCUAAAAAGCUCGGUUAAUAGCAUCAAACUGCCCUGGUUUGCAGGUUAAGCAACUUUUAGCGGUGGAUGGAAGGCUUCAUACGUCACUGAAGAUUUCUCCGACGGGCAGCGCGCAGAACUACACGCGGUCAUAUUACAUGAACGGGAGAGACUAUAUUAUCAGCGGGAGUUGUGAGGAAAAUGUUGUCCGAAUUUGUUGUGCGCAGACUGGAAGACGACUCAGGGACGUUUCUCUGGAGGUGACUCCCAAUCGUAAUCUCAUUACUAGAUUCCUACUCUUCCUACUACAGCUUUUAUGUGCCUAAUUAUUGAAUUAUUAUCAAGUAUAGGCCGUAGAUGCAUCUGAUCCUUCUCUUUUUAAAGAGCUUUGAGAUACAAUCAUCCAUGCCCAACUGAUGAAGUCUUCUUUCUUCCUUCCUUCUUCGCCAUCACAUCAAGCAUAUCGAUAUUCAUCCUGAAAUCAUCACGUAUAAAAUGUUAGGAAACCCAUUAAGUCUUUCCAUGUGUUUCGUUAUCCUGAAGUAAUUUGGAGAAAUUCCGAAACCGAAUCGAGCAAGAAAAAUCUCCAAACGCUAGAAAGUCUUGAAGGUCUUGGUGUGGUAUUGAUCCUCCAGCUCCGAUACUGCUUAUUCGCAGAAAUCGGCGGCUGUUACGGUCGCUGACUAUGCUGGUUCCUCUGUCACAAUAUUCUAAGGAUUGUCAGGAUGGUUAUCAUGUUCAUUGUUGUCAUUAGAGCCGCAGAUUUCGGUCAGCUUUGAACCAUUUCAUGGGAGUGAGAUAAGUUGUGUCUCCCCCGGCUCUUGAUUUCCUGUUCCUCAUAUUUGCCGCUCAUCGACUAGUAGAACACAGCUCUUAGGCUCUGGAACAAUGGAUGACAUCUCCGUUCGAUUGUUAAAAUUAAUUACCAAUUUUGGAAAAAAAAUAAUCAGUGAAUCAUCUUAAGACGAGCUUUGCUUACUCAGGUUCCUCCUUCUGCAGGGUAGGGGAAAGAGAAGCUCGGUUUUUGUGCAGUCUUUGAGAGGCGAUCCAUUCAGGGUGAGACUUUUUCUCCCCGUCAAUUUCAUCAAAGUAAUUGGUGUUAAAUGCCGGCCCGAAUUAUUCGUUGUGUUCUUCGGAAACUCCAAAUCCGUAUUAUUUUCCAUGGGUUACCUCCCCAUCUCUCUCUCUCUCUCUCUCUCUCUCUCUCCUCAGACCAACGAAUACAGAGGGCUGAAUCCAAAUUUUGUGCAUGUAUGUACAAGCUCAGCCUUUCCAUAUGAGUGUCCUGGUGGCGUACUCGCACCCUUCCUCAAAGUCGGAAAUCAUGAAGGUACUGUCACGGCCGCCUAACCUCGUCACCUCCAUUUUUGUUCGAUCAAUCUCGGCAGGCUCUGACUACCAUCCUCGCCGUGGAAUGCAUGGCAGAUCAACUUGGUCGAAUCGGGCGAUCCCCUCGACGGCAGUUCUUGCUCGAGAGACCAGCGCUGCUCAUAUGGCAUGGGGGGUUGA